GCCCUCAUCCUAUGAAAUGGGAGAUCUCACCGAGAGGAGGCGGAGGGAGGCAAACUUUGGAAUCUACCUUCUAACCUCUGACAAAUGAGCCCUUUCCCAUUGUUUACCGGAUCGGUGUGUGAACUGGCGAUUCUGGCGAGGGAGCACUCACUUCGCGCCUCCCGGAGCAGUAUCUAUACCCCGCGGAGAUAGGGUUGUGCCCCAUUGCAGGAUUGCAUACCGAUCUGCAAGGGCCUAGCUCUGGAGACACGGUGUAGAAGGAGCCCAUUGCUGUUAGCCCUUCCUCUCCUCUCUCAACCCCUGUGUGUGUGUGUGUGUGUGUGUGUGUGCUUGCGCGCCCUCCCUUUGAGAUCCUGUAGUUUAAAAGCAGAACAGAGAGGUCCUUAGGUUUCCCAGGGCCUUCUCCCCUUGGGGGAGUGAGGUGCCCCCUCCCUGCUUUCUGCGGGCCACUUUGUAGCAAUGCCCGCUUCUGUUGUCGCCGGUACCGGCCAGGGGCCCGGCCAGUGCCGCCCCGAAGGACCCACCCGGGAAAGGUCAGCCGCGAGGAAGAGGCCUGGCUCUCCCGCAGACUGAACUAGAGGCAGAUGCUUCGGCCCCUGGAAAGGGGUUGAGGGCAGCCGCAGCCGCAGCCGCAGCGGAUUUUAAAAACAACAAUGAAAGGACGGCCGCGGAGGAAACUUUCUGUUAACAUUGUUGCCCGCGGGGAACCUCUAGUUCCGGUCAAAUCGGCGCGGACUUGUGCGGGAUGGAUCUGCAAACCUCGGUUGUACGGGAUCAAAUGCGCCAAGUGCAGCAUCGGCUUCAGCAAGAACGACUUCGUGAUGCGCGCCCGCGCCAAGGUGUACCACAUCGAGUGCUUCCGCUGCGUGGCCUGCAGCCGCCAGCUCAUCCCCGGGGACGAGUUCGCGCUGCGCGAGGACGGGCUCUUCUGCCGCGCGGACCACGACGUGGUGGAGCGGGCCAGCCUGGGCGCCGGCGACCCGCUCAGCCCCCUGCACCCGGCGCGCCCGCUGCAGAUGGCAGCCGAGCCCAUCUCCGCGCGGCAGCCGGCCCUGCGGCCGCACGUGCACAAGCAGCCGGAGAAGACGACCCGCGUGCGGACGGUGCUCAACGAGAAGCAGCUGCACACGCUGCGGACCUGCUACGCCGCCAACCCGCGGCCCGACGCGCUCAUGAAGGAGCAGCUGGUGGAGAUGACCGGCCUGAGCCCGCGCGUGAUCCGGGUCUGGUUCCAGAACAAGCGCUGCAAGGACAAGAAGCGCAGCAUCAUGAUGAAACAGCUGCAGCAGCAGCAGCCCAGUGACAAGGCCAACAUCCAGGGGAUGACCGGCACCCCCAUGGUGGCCGCCAGCCCCGAGAGGCACGAUGGUGGCUUGCAGGCCAACCCCGUGGAGGUGCAGAGUUACCAGCCGCCUUGGAAAGUACUGAGCGACUUCGCCUUGCAGAGUGACAUAGAUCAGCCUGCGUUCCAGCAACUGGUCAAUUUCUCCGAGGGAGGACCGGGCUCGAACUCCACCGGCAGCGAAGUGGCCUCCAUGUCCUCGCAGCUCCCGGACACCCCCAACAGCAUGGUGGCCAGCCCCAUCGAGGCCUGAGGACACUCAUGCAGAUGCAUUUUUUUUCCCUGUUGGAGACAGUGGGCGCCCAUCCUGUUGAACUCCGAAACACGAGUAUUUAACGACCCAGUCCAUGGAAACUGAAUUGAGGAAAUGAAUGCUCCAUGAAAUGCACGAAGUCUGUUUUAAUGACAAGGUAAUAUGGUAGCAACACUGUGAAGACAAUCAUGGGAUUUUACUAGAAUGAAAACAAACAACAAAGCAAAACCCGAACCCAACACACGCUGUCCAGUGACCUUAGGAGGACUGAGGAAAAAAAAAGACGUUUUUAAAACGUAGAGGAUUUAUAUUCAAGGAUCUCAAAAAAAAAAGCGCUUUCAUUUCACUGCCCAUCUAGAGAGAAGCAGACGUAGCGAUGUUUCUAGUCCGCCCUGCUCUGAAUGGUGCUGUUUCUAUGUUGGUCCCCGGCUUUGCCAAACAGGAGCCGCAGGCGGAGCGGCGGAAAGGCCCUUUCAGGAGAGGGCGCUGGUCGGCGAGGUUUCCAGUUGACUUAACAAGGGGUUAAUUGAAAGCCUGGGUUUCUUAGCAUGUCCCUUUAUUUUUUUCCUUUGGCUCCUUCUCCCCCGCCUCCUCUUUUUUUGAGAUCCAUCCUCUAUCAAGAAGUCUGAAGCGACUUUAAAGGUUUUUGAAUCCAGAUUUAAAAACCGACUUAUAAAGCAUUGCAACAAGGUUACCUCUAUUUUGCCACAAGCGUCUCGGGAUUGUGUUUGACUCUCCUGUCUGUCCAAGAACUUUCCCCCCAAAGAUGUGUAUAGUUAUCAGUUAAAAUGACUGUUUCUCUCUCUCUCUCUCUCUCUCUCUCUCUCUCUCUCUCUCUCUCUCUCUCUGGAAAUAAAGAGGAAAAGAAAAAGGAAACUUUUUUUUUGUUUGCUCUUGCAUUGCAAAAGAAUUAUAAAGUAAUUUAUUAUUUAUUGUCGGAAGACUUGCCACUUUUCAUGUCAUUUGACAUUAUUUUUUUGUUUGCUGAAGUAAAAAAAAAAAAAGAAGACAAAGGUUGUACCGUGGUCUUUGAAUUAUAUGUCGACUUCUAUGUGUUUUGUCAUUUUUUUUCCUUAAAUAUGUGAAAAUCAAAGCGCCAUAUGUAGGAUUAUAUCUUCAGGACUAUUUCACUAAUAAACGUUUGGCAUAGAUAAAUAAAUAAA